AUGACCGAAACUCUCGGCUUCAAAGAUAAGGUGGUGAUCAUUACCGGAGCUGGUGGGGGCCUAGGCAGGGUAUACGCUUUGGAAUUUGCUAAAAGAGGAGCGAAUGUUGUUGUCAACGAUUUAGGCGGUUCUUUAGGUGGAGAGGGACACAACUCGCGAGCAGCUGACGUUGUCGUCAAAGAAAUCCAAGACAAAUUUAAGGUUCGAGCUGCGGCAAAUUACGAUUCGGUGACGGACAAUGCAGCAGGAAUUGUGAAAACGGCAAUUGAUCAUUUCGGGCGCGUGGAUGUCAUCAUCAAUAACGCGGGAAUUUUGCGGGACUCUAGUUUCGCUAAAAUGAAGGACUCGGCAUUCGACGCCGUAAUCGACGUUCAUCUCAACGGCGCUUACAAGCUUACGAAAGCUGCUUGGCCUAUUUUCAGAAAGCAGAAUUUUGGCAGGGUCGUCAAUACUUGCUCUCCGGCUGGGCUUUACGGCAAUUUUGGGCAGGCCAAUUAUUCAGCGGCCAAAUUAGGUCUUGUUGGUUUCUCUGAAACUUUGGCUAAAGAGGGGUACAAGAACAACAUUUAUGUCAACUGUAUUGUUCCACUAGCUCGUUCUCGCAUGACGGAACGAAUCAUUCCCCCUCACAUCCUCAAAAACCUGGCCCCAGAAAAUAUAGCACCCAUGGUUCUCUACUUGAGCCACGAGUCUACAAAAGUGACAAAUUCGAUUUUUGAGCUUGCAGCAGGUUACUAUAGUCAAAUUCGGUGGGAACGGUCUUCUGGUCAGAUUUUCAACCCUGAUCCCAAAACUUUUACCAGUGAAGCUAUUCUUAACCAGUGGAAAUCCGUUGUUGACUACCAUGAUAAGCCGUUCAACAAAGUUGGUCACCCUGUACAGCUGAGUGACUACAAUGCAUUGAUCAACAAGGCAAGACAGCUGCCCGCCAACGAUCAGGGCACGACAUCUAUCGAUUCACUCAAGGGCAAAGUAGUGAUCGUCACAGGCGCUGGUGCUGGGUUGGGCAAAUCCCAUGCCUUAUAUUUCGCAAAAUAUGGCGCCAGGGUUGUCGUGAACGACAUACGUGAUCCACAUACUGCAGUUGCAGAAAUUAAGGAGAAAUAUGGCAAGGAUUCAGCCGUGGCUGACACACAUGAUGUCGUUUCUAAUGCGGAAGAGAUUGUCCGGACCGCGUUGGAUCAUUUCGGAAGAGUUGACGUGCUCGUUAAUAACGCUGGCGUGUUAAGAGACAGGUCUUUUGUGAAGAUGUCCGACGAGGAAUGGCUUCUCGUUCUCAAAGUACAUCUCUAUUCCACUUUUGGACUAUGCAAAGCUGUCUGGCCAGUUUUUCUCAAACAAAAGGGAGGCUUCAUCAUCAAUACAACAUCGACGUCUGGCAUUUAUGGAAAUUUUGGACAGGCAAAUUAUGCGGCUGCGAAAGCUGCUGUGCUGGGACUUUCUAAGACUCUAGCCUUAGAAGGGUCUAAGUCUAAUAUAUUGGUAAAUGUGGUUGCUCCACAUGCUGAAACCGCAAUGACCAAAACGAUCUUUUCCGAUAAGGAACUGGGGAACCAUUUUGAUCCCAGUCAAGUGUCACCGUUCUUCGUUUUACUGGCUUCGCAAGAACUUUCCAAGAAGGUAGGAAAACCUGUCACUGGUCAGUUGUUUGAGGUUGGUGGCGGCUGGUGCGGCCAAACCAGGUGGGAAAGAAGUAAGGGAAUAGUCAGCCCUAAACCAUCACCAGAGUUUCUGCGGGACAAUUGGAACAAGCUUGUCAAUUUCACAAAUAGCACGCACCCGUCGUCUACUCAAGAAUCAUCAAUGUCAAUACUACAGAAUGUUACUGAAGCACUGGAAUCCGCAGCCUCCAAGUUACUAUUCAAAUACACCGAGAGGGAUUCUAUCUUGUAUAACUUGGGAUUGGGGUGCACGAGUCAGGAAUUAAGGUAUUGUUAUGAGAAUGACCCCAAUUUUCAAGUUUUGCCCACUUUUGGAGUGAUACCCUUUAUGACCAGCGGUAAUUCCAUCAAGAUGAAUACUCUUGUUGACAACUUCAAUUAUGCCUUCCUUUUACACGGGGAACAGUAUUUCAAGUUGAACCAAUUUCCUCUGCCAACCAAAGGUUCUUUGAAAACAGUAGGAAGGCACCUUCAAGUAAUCGACAAGGGCGGAAAGGCAGCUGUGAUUGUUGGAGGAUACCAGACAAUUGAUACGGAAACAAACAAACCAAUUGUAUACAAUGAAGCAACAUUUUUCAUCCGUGGCGCAAAAGUCCCCAAAUCGAAACAAGUCAACGAGACUAGAAGCAAAUUCGCUAUUCAACAGUUCAAAGUGGGUGACGGAAAACCCGAUUUUGAAGCUGAGAUUACUACGGAUAAGAAUCAAGCAGCCAUUUAUCGUUUGUCUGGAGACUUGAAUCCUCUGCACAUCGAUCCAAAUGUUUCCAAGAUGGCAAAGUUCCCUAGACCGAUCCUACACGGAUUGUGCACGCUAGGAGUGACAGGGAAAGCUUUGUUUGAAAAGUUCGGCCAGUUCGAUGAAUUUAAGGUACGUUUCACCAACGUUGUAUACCCAGGGGAUCGGUUGAAAGUAAAAGCUUGGAAAAAGCCUAAUGGCGUCAUAGUAUUCCAGACGGUUGACGUGGAUCAAAACUACGUCGUCCUUGAUAAUGCUGCCCUCAAACUUGUUGGUGGAAAAGCCAACUUUUGA